CGCAGUUUGAAGGAGCCAUCAGAUAGUGAGCUGUGGAUGCUGCUGCACACGAAAUGCUUUGUGGACUCCUGUUAGUCAUUUAGCGGAUCUCCACUUCUCUCCAGGGUCUCUGGUGUGUUUGAACACGGAGCGUAAAAGUGAGGAAAUAGGUGAAGACAGCGCGGAGCCGGGAUGCUUGAUUCGGGACGUUUCGCUUUGAGAACAGCAGCAGUUAUUGCGCUGCUGUCCGGCGUCCUCUCCUUCAACGUGGACCAGAAGAACGCUCUGUCCUUCGACGGCCCGCUGGAGGACAUGUUCGGGUACACCGUGCAGCAGUUUGAGAACAGCGAGGGGAAAUGGGUUCUGAUUGGAUCUCCGCUGUCGGGUCAGCCAGCCAAACGGACCGGAGACGUUUACAAGUGUCCCGUCGGGAGGGACCAAAACACGUGUGUCAAACUGGAGCUGCCCCAAAACACAACAGUUCCCAACAUACACGAAGUAAAGGAGAACAUGACCAUGGGAACAACGCUGCUGACCAAUCCCAGCGGAGGAUUUCUGGCCUGUGGUCCUCAGUACGGCUACAUGUGUGGGCAGCAGCAGUACAUCUCCGGCGUCUGUGCGAACGUCAGCAACUCUUUCCAGAUCCUCAACUCCGUGGCUCCGGCCGUGCAAGAGUGUGCGAAGGAGCUGGACAUCGUGUUGGUUCUGGACGGAUCCAACAGCAUUUACCCCUGGAGCAGCGUCAUCGAAUUCCUGAUCAAAUUCCUCAAGAACAUCACGAUCGGACCCAAGCUCUCUCAGGUGGGCAUAGUGUCUUACGGAGAGACGGUGACUCACCGGGUGAAUCUGAGUCAGUUCGACAACACUCAGGAUCUGGAGAACUUCGUGACGGAUCUCCCUCAGCAGACCGGCUUCAAGACCAUGACCUUCCUGGGCAUCGACACGGCCAGGAAGGAGGCGUUCAUGCCGGAGCGCGGCGCUCGACCCGGGGUGAAGAAGGUGAUGGUGAUUGUGACGGACGGAGAGUCACAUGACUUCUAUAAUCUGGACAAAGUGAUCAGAGCCUGUGAGAACGACAGCAUCGAGAGGUUCGGCAUCGCUGUGUUGGGAGACUACAACCGUCAGAACAAGAGCUCAGAAGAGGUGAAUAAGUUCAUCAAUGAGAUCAAGUCCAUCUCCAGCGAACCGCAGCACGAUCACUUCUUCAACGUGUCGGACGAGGUGGCGCUGCUGAGCAUCGUCGACGCUCUGGGGAGCAAAAUCUUCGCCUUGGAGGCUACAACCGGAAACUUCACCACCUCCUUCGGGAUGGAGAUGUCCCAGGCCGGCUUCAGCGCUCACACUUCCAAAAACGGCUUGUUACUGGGAGCGGUGGGAGCGUACGACUGGAACGGCACGGUGGUGAUGCACAUGGCUUCAGGAACCAUCGUUCCCGGGAAAACUGAGUUCUACGACCCGGAGACCGAGGCCGGGUACGAGGGGCUGGCCGGGUACCUCGGAUACGAUGUGCAGUCGGCCUCCACCCCCAAUGGAGUUCUGUACAUCAGUGGAGCGCCGCGGUACAACCACACAGGAAGGGUGGUGAUCUACCGUCUGGACCAGAACAGCAACGUGGUGGUGUCUCAGAUUCUGAAGGGAGAGCAGAUCGGUUCGUACUUCGGCAGCGUCCUGCAGACGGUGGACGUGGACAGAGACUCCGUGACGGAUCUCCUGUUAGUGGGCGCUCCGAUGUUCAUGGGGACAGAGCGGAACGAGCAGGGACAAGUGUACGUCUACAAACUCAACCAGGACAACCAGUUCGAGCACCAGUUCACCCUGAAGCCUGUGAAUCAGUCCUGCUGCACGACUCACUCAGAGGGCUGCACCAAUAAGAACGAGCCGUGCGGAGCGCGCUUCGGGACGGCCAUCGCCGCCGUGUCCGACAUGAACCUGGACGGCUCCAACGACGUGGCGAUCGGCGCGCCGUUCGAGAACGACCACCGGGGCGCCGUGUACAUCUACCACGGAGAGAAGAGGUCCCUGAAGGAGAAAUAUGUGCAGCACAUCCCUGCAGGAGGCGACGGUGUGAAGGUGAAGUUCUUCGGUCAGUCCAUUCACGGCGUCAUGGAUCUGAACGGGGACGGGAUCACCGACGUUACCAUCGGAGGUCUGGGAGGGGCUUCUCUCUUCUGGUCCAGAGACGUCGCAGAGCUCAGAGGCAACAUGACCUUCGACCCCGUUAAGAUCAAUCUGCAGCAGGCGCAGCAUCAGUGUGAGCACGGCGGCCGCAAAUCUGUGUGUGUGAAGACGGAGGUGUGCUUCGUCUACAAUAUCAAAUCUGAACAGCUGGCCGAACACCCUGCUGCAGUUAUGCGCUACACUCUGACUCUGGAUGCUCUGCGUGCGAAAGCGAGGGCCUCGUUCAUCGACUCGGACGAGAAGAGCGACCGCAGGGUCACCAGGACGUUCAACAUCAGCCACAGGCGGAGACAAUGUACACCAGAGACCUUCAUCAUGUCGACCCGUCUGGACUUCCGAGAUCCUCUCAUGGUGUCUUUGGAGUUUGGCCUCUCUGAUGAAGACAAUGGCCCUGUCUUGGAUGAAAACCUCCCCCGAUCCAUCAACAAGACGAUUCCUCUGGUUGACUGUGGUAGUGAUGAGAGGUGCAUCGCUGAUCUGUCUCUCAAAGCAGAGCCUAGUGUCAAUAAGAUGAUGAUCAGAUCCAACAAGGACAGGUUCCACGUGAACAUCAACGUGAGGAACAGCAAAGACAACGCGUACAACACCAAAGUCAUCCUCAGCUUCUCCCCGAACAUCAACUACGUUAAAGUGGAGCCGGAGAUGGCGUGCGAGCUGAACCACACGAAGGUGGAGUGUGCGGUUGGAUACCCUUUCUUAGGAAGCAAUGUGGAGGAAAACUUCAAAGUGAGAUUUGAGUUCGAUAUGAAUCACAUCCAGGAGGUGAUUCAUAUCGAUGUGACGGCCACAAGUGACAGUGAGGAGCUGGCGUCGACCCUGCAUGAUAACUCGGUGCAGAUCUCCAUCCCUGUGAAGUACCAAGCUGGACUCAUCUUCACUGUGCGUCCUGUGGAUGAACACGUGGUGGUGAAAGAGGGGGAGAAGUUUGCCAAGGAGUUCAACGACACCAAGAUGAUCGGAGAGGAGGUCAACAUCAGCUACACGGUGGCGAAGUCAGGUGACAUGGUGACUCCUCCUCUGGACCUCUACGUCGUUUAUCCUCAACUCUCGCCUCGGAAUAACAACCUGCUGUACCUCACACACGUCACCAGCAGCCCGCAGGUUGUAUGUGACGCCUCAGAUCGGUGGAUCAACUACCAGAAUAUUAACCCCCAGGUAGUUCGUCCAGAUCCAAAGAAGGAAACUCUGAGUGUCUUCCUGCUGCGUUGUGAGAACCUGCACUGUGCAUCCUUCAGAUGCUCCCUCCCUGAAAACACCACCAGUCAGGUCAACGUCACAUUCAGAGUCUGGAAACCCACCUUCAUCAAGGGGGAGUUCACCAGUCUCUACAUGCUGGUGAACGCCACGCUGAAGUCCAGAAAGACGGACCUGUUUGAGCUGAGCGACAACACCAGAAGUGUUAAGAUCCAGGUUUCCAAGGAGUCUUUAGGAGGAAUCCCCAUCUGGAUCAUCAUCCUCAGCAUCCUCAUAGGACUGCUCAUCUUAGCCCUCGUCAUCUUCGCUCUCUGGAAGAUGGGCUUCUUCAAGAGAAAAUCCAGAGACUACUCGAAGGAGGAGAUGAUGGACUGAUGUUUGCAGAUGUCCAGCAGCUCUGUGACGGGCAGACUUUAAAUCAGGCGGACAGACGGAGGAAACGCCAAAGGACCCACCCACACCUCGGUGCUACGAAAUAAAGACGACCUGGGAAAAAACUGACAGGGUCAAAUAAUAUCUGCAAAUACUUCCCAACCCUAGUCCGGUGAUGCUUUCAGCUUCAGGUUGCAACGCUGAGGCUUUUCAGAUGGUCUCUCAUAGCUUUUAUACAGUAUCACAUCAAGUCAAAAGGACCCAGAGGAGGAAGAAGAAGCCAUAACUUAACAGGAAUCUGUCAGGCAAAGAAGCAAAUAUCUGUAUUACAUACAGCUGAUUUAUCAAAGAGCUCCAGCUUCAGAGGAAAAAAGUACUCAGGUUUUUCUGUGUGGAGAUCAGAUGCCACCUCACAUACUUUCUUUGCCUUUAAAACAUAUAAUAUGUGAACUUUACACGUGUCGAGCGGCCUGUCUGAUAGCUUAAACUAAGCGUAUGGGCUUUAUUAGUUUAGAUACGGAAGCACUGAGAGGCAAGUAAAAAUAAGAUCCAGGUGAUCCAACGUUACCCUUUCCUAGGCCUUGUUUCCUCUCGUGUUUAUGAUGUCAGAACUUUAUAAAAAUAACGUGUUCCUUUUUUCAUUCCUUCAUAUUUCCCAUUGUUUGUUGUUGUAAUAUUCAUUUUGGCCACAAGAGACACUAAACCACCUUCUAAAUUUGACAACAAGCCUUAUUUGUUUCUCCCAUAUUAGUUUAAAUGUGUUAUGAUAGAUGUAAGGAAAUGAAAAGCUAACUCUUGCUGUCAGCGUGCGCCCUCAAACCAAAAUGCAGAUUUUCUCCCGUAUUUUUCUAGAAAAACCCUGUAAAGGUUUUAUAUAUUCAGAAACAAUUAAAAACUAGACAGCAAUUUUUUUCAUUCAUCAAUAUUAUGUUUGAUUUGCCUCUCAGGGCUUCCGUACUUUUUUAAAACACUGUACCUUUAAAUGAUAUAGCAUUUUGUUGUUGUUUGGUAUUUUAAUAUAACGUGGCACAUCCUUCUUAUAAUUCUGGCUGAAAACACUGACUUUAACCUAAGAAAACACAAAUCUCGUCCCAAUGCUAAAUGUUUGUCGUUUCUGUCCCAGACGUUACCGAGCUGCGCCUUCAAAAUCCCAACCUUUGAUUGUACUGUAAAUACAAUGCUCAAAAAUGUAAAGCUUUAAAAACCAAUUGUACAUAAUGUUGUUUUGCGUUAAUUCAUGUAAUUUAAAAAAAUAAAGUGUGGUCAGAGGGGGUUACUUUUGCUCAGGUGUUAAAAGAACAACAUUUGGCCUACUCCACUCGUUCAAAGCUGAUGCAGAUAUGUAAAUAUUGUUAUAUUUUGAUGAGAAAGUAUAAUUAUUCUGUACUGAAGAUGAGGGUUUGUAUCCACUACUUUGGUUGUAUCUGACUGAAAGCCUGGUGAAUGACUGUUGAGGUGAGACUGUAGUGUAUUUUAAUUUGCAAAAAGGGGGGUAAAUGCGUCACCGUGCACCAGCAGUCACCAGGGGGUUCACUGGUGUUCGGUUUGUUAAACUUCAGCUCAAAACAUUUGCAUACUUAGGGGUCAACGUCCCCCCAUAUAUGUGGUACGCUCACAAAGUUAUUCUGUCAAGUUUCCCGUCUCGUUUUUGUUUCCAGAAGUUGCACAGCUACACAAAGAGAUUAUAUUGUAUGUUCGGGAGACUGCCUCCUUCUUUACUGCCCCCCCCCUCCCCCCUCCCCUAUUACUGUCUUACAAUAAAUCUGAGGGAGGACGAAAAGAAGAGGCCGUUUUUUGAUACUGAAAUCCUCCUCAGCUGCCACCCUCCACUGUUGAAGCACAUGUAAUGAAUUGUAUGUACAGAUUGUGUGACUGUUGUACGGCUCCAUCAGGCUUAUGCACGAGGGUGGAGUCCCUCUGGUCCCAAGGUGAGAGUGGUGCUCCACCCCAGCCUUCUACACUGCUGUGAAGUCUUCAUUGUAAUGCACUGGUUUGUCAGACUGUCCUCAUCAGCACAGAAAAUGAACUGAAACUUAUGUACAAAAAUAAAAAUACUUUUUACGAAGAAGCA